AUGUAUAUUGUCUACCGAAGUCAUUGUAAGUUUAUAUUGUUGGUUUAGUGAUGUUUUUAGUGUUUACCAAAGCCAGAAAGCAAUCAAGAAUGGAGAAACUGUACCAAAUGUAGACCUAAGAACGGUGUCGAAAGCGAAACUUCACACCAUAACCGCCAGAAGAGUCGAAGCCAUUACAAAGUUCAUUAAACUUCGACUUGAACCAUCACCGAUGUGUGGCAAAUACAUGGUUCCUCCGCAGUUUUCCCGAAGAACAUUUGUCAUGGAGGCAUUACAAGACGCCAAUGAUUCUACAUUAAGCUGUCUGGAAAUGCUUUGGGAGAUGCUGUUGUAGAUUACGCACUUGACUUGGUAGAGAAGCAUGGUUUUCCGCUUUCGUUCAAAAAAACGUCUUUACUACCGCGGUGUAACAUUUGUUGCGAACUGACUAAAGUAAGUAUAACUUUUUAUAAAGUUUAUUUUGCUUUUAGAAUGUCAAAGAAAUCCGUUUUAUUGACGGUACUCCGUAUAAUGGCCGCCAACUUCUUGAAGCACAUUAUCAAAACACGAGUAAUGACCGCAAUGUAAUAGACGCUUUUAUGAACCAAUCUAUCAAUUUUCCUCACGAACUUUUACUUUUGAAGUAUGACGGUAUGUCUGGACACAAAACAUCGCUACCGUUCUUAGGAGACAGAAUACCGAAGGCAUUGAGUAACUGUAACAAAAUUGUACCAUUUCAACUAAACGCCUGCAUUGUUGCAAGACAUAGUAAGUGUUUUGUUUGGUGAUUUACAAUUACUUUCAUUUUUUAGGGCAUCUAAGCGCCACAAGUCAAUCAUUCCGCGGAUAUGUCAUUGGAUUCUUUCAUCCCGCUUCCGCUUGCAGUAGCUCUGUUUAUUCUAAUAUUUUGUCCGUCUUAUCAGAACUCGAUGUACUUCCGCCAGUUAUUGUUAUCAACACAGACAACGCUCGUAGCAACAAGUCUAAAUCAACAAUACAUUUUGCUCGGCUUUUGCUGAAAUUCUGUCCGAAAAUAUCCAAGAUCAUAUUCGCGUUUCAUGAAGCAGGCCACACUCAUAAUAAUGUAAGUCUACAUUUUAACUUUAAGUUUGUAUUUUUGUUUGGUUUUUAUUAUAACAACUAUUUUAUUAUAACUUAACCAUUGUUAUUUAGGUAGACGCUUUCUUUGGCUGUCUAGCGGAAAAGAUGAUUGGCCACCGCUUAGAAACCCCCUCAGAAAUGACUGAAUUUGUCCGCAACGUUCGAGGAGUCAAAAGUAUUUAUGAUUCUUAUUGUUUAUGGGAUUUGUACAUUGCUCCGGAAACCGCAUUACUUGAUGGAGUUUAUAACUAUCACUAUUUUGAGAUCUACCAAGCUGAAGAUGGAAUCCGCGCUAAAUUCAAGCAAUUUAUUCGGUGCAAUGACUACUUGAAUUUGAACAAAAUAAGACCAUUGUAUCCUGAAGACGCCGACCAAUUUAGCCGCUUAAUCUUAAAGGUAAGUCAUCAUAAUAAGAUACAAUUGUAAAAUUUUAGAAAGACGAGGAAAUUGGAGAAGUUGGCUGUGAAACAUACGUCAUGAAUAAGCAACAGCUCCGCCUCCAAAAGUUCAAAAAGGAUAUCAUAAAAUAUUUGUCUGAAGACACAUUCAAGUCACUGCAAGAUCACUUGGAAGCCGUUACCAAUAUGCCAGUUGAAAGUUUUUCCGAAACUUGUCGCAAAAUUAAUGAAAAAGUUGUUACUUUACCCGCCCCUAUUGUUAAAGCAUCCGACGAAUGCAACGUCACGAUUGAGAAGUUCAGGAAGUUGACAACCGCAAACAACGCAGAAUCCGCAGAAGUAGAGGAACAACAGCUAGGCAAUGAAGUAAAAGUUUUUUUCUCUUAAUAAUUUAUGUUUUUUACCUCAUUAUCUAAUUAGUAAUAACUAAUUUUUAGGAAAACCUCAUGCCUCCGCCAGCUGACGAACAAGAACUCGAACAAUUACUAGAUGAAGCACCAACGUUGCAAACUGUUCGCCGCACUACUACACUGUCCGCCGUUCCCGCUACAUCGCAAGCUACUUCAGUAUCUUCCCGUGGUCGCCGAAUUGUUAAGCGCACGCGAUUUUCACCUUCGAGAUAA